AUGAGAAAAGAAAUGAAAUUGGUUAAAAAAUCUUGCUUGGAAGAAAUUGAAGAAGAUCGGGCUAAAAAAGAACGGGAAGAAAAGGCGCGGCAAAAAAUAAUAAGCAUUCUUCAAGGAUCUUCGGAAUCAUCUGAUUACGUUUCAGCGGAAGAGGAGAAAGAAACAGAGGUUCAAAUAUUCGAGCAUGAGGCAAAACUGCUGGAAAAAGAAGACGAAAUAGAGGUCCUACGAUACCAAAAAGAGCAGCUCGAACGAAAAUUAGAAGCAGAAAAAAAUCUAGAAGUCGACGAACUUAAUCAACAAAUCGAAGAUCUUCUUCAGAGAAAGAAAGAGAUUGAAACUGAAAAUUCGUCAACAGUAGGGAUCGUCAUUGGGUCUCUCGUCGGAGUUGGACUCAUCGCUGGACUCAUCGCUGGACCUAAGCUGGUCGUACUGUAUUUGAACUAUCGGUACAAAAAAGAACUGAGGCAGCACGAAACGAAUGUCGAAAAAUCAAUGCACGAUACGAGUGAACAUCUCCUCUACACAUAG